AUGAAAUUUUUUGAGAUAUGGUUAUUCGUACGUAAUUCUAAGAGAUGGCCUACCUUUAAAGAAGCUGAGGCCAUACCCUACAACGUAAUGCCAACACCGGAGCUCCCAGGGUUUUACUACGAUGAGGAGAAGAAAAAAUACUUUCGAAUAGUCAACGGAGACCAAAGAAUCAACUCUUCCUAUCACAACAACACGAUCAGAGCUGAAAACCGUUCGCGGGAGUUUCUGAAAAUCAUCUCAUUGAAGCGACAGAGACGGGCAGAAGACCCAUACGAAUUGAGUCGAGAAUUUCAGAAACGUUCCGUUUGCUUUGAUCUUAGCGAAAAGCUCUUGCAAAUCAGAUUAGGGCUACAGUCUCCUCUCUUACUACCUCAAUCCCAACUCGAACAUGCUCUCCGCCAUCUACCUUUAAAGAAGAUUAAAGAUGGGGCAAUAUGGGAAGGACUUAAUGAAAACGAGGUCUUUAUUUCUGAAGGACUGACAAUAUUCCUUACUGAUGUAUCCUCUCUUCGAGAUAAGGAGAUCCUUCGACGAAUGCCUUUAGGAGUACAUCACAUCUCUCCAAACACUACGGAUUCAAGACCUAUAAGAGAUGUUCAGAGCAAUGGCGAAUUUGUGCUAUGUCGUAAUGACGAGCUCUCUUCUCUUCUGCGAUGGCAAUGCGUUCGUGGCCGUUACCGGUUUGAGAACGUCACUGCAAGGCUAAUAGCAGUCUUGAAGAGCAAGCUUCCUCGUAAUUCGAUAGAUUUCGAGCAUGAUAAAGUCUUCUUGGGCCUGUUCCAUGAAGAUACUUUGCAUCUUCUUUUGGGGGGAGAGUAUCUUGUCAAUUUUGACUUGGCCACUUUCACCGUGGUAGAUAUACACAGAGUGCCAUUUUUUAGCAAUGAUAACUAUUUGCACUAUGCUCAAUUGAAGCAAGUUGGACAAUACGUUUGCCUCAAUUUAGUCACAGGCCUAUUUGUUUUUGAUUCGAUUCAAAAACAAUUCGCCAGAACGAGGUUCAAACAAGUCAUAUAUGCCUACUUCUGUCGGCCCUUUGUCAUUGAAAGACCAUCAGGCCAUAUUCAGACUGUGUUACGUAUUGAUGUUGUCACUCAAAGUGAAAUUCGCACUGUCGAUUUCGACUCUAAAAUCAUCAAUAUCAAGAAUUCUGGCUCUCCGAUCAGCAUUCAUAAUGGUAACGAGGUGAAACCUCUCAUUCAAAGUCUUGAUGGGAUGCUAGUUGUGGAAGAGUCGAGGGAGAAUCUUUUUAUUGUAAAUUACAAAACAUCAGUUCAAGAGCGUCUCAAACUUAAAACAGGAUUGUGUCGCAGGCGGGUCCUGAUGCCACGGCUUGAGUGUUUGGGAGGCGUUUAUUAUAUUUGCCAGAGUGAUGGGACUUAUGCAUUCAAAGAGAUGGAUAUGAAGUAG